UCUGCGAGCAUUGUGUGCGAAAAGCCAUUUGCGAUUUCAUUUCAUGUUGAAAAGUGCGGCGGAAAAACCCCCCAGUGAAAUUAUUUAAAACGAACCAGUCCCCCGAAAGGAAAGCAGACUCAAAAUGGAAGUGACAGAGGCGAAUUUGCAGCUGCUGGCCGGUUAUUUGCAGCAGACGCUGAGCGCCGAUCCAAAUGUCCGCCGGCCGGCCGAAAAACUCUUGGAGUCCACGGAACUGCAGCAGAAUUACCCGAUUCUACUGCUCAACCUGAUAGACAAGGCCCAAAUGGACAUGACCACGCGGGUGGCGGGCGCCAUUGCGUUCAAAAACUAUGUGAAGCGGAAUUGGGCGGCCCACCUGGACAGCGAUGGACCGGAUCGCAUCCACGAAAGUGACAGGAACACAAUCAAGACCCUGAUCGUAACACUAAUGCUCCACUCGCCGGUGGCGUUGCAAAAACAACUGAGCGACGCCGUCAGCAUCAUUGGCAAGCAUGAUUUUCCGAAAAAAUGGCCGCAGCUCAUCGACGAGAUGGUGGAGAGAUUCGCCUCUGGCGAUUUCAAUGUCAUCAACGGCGUCUUGCAAACCGCUCACUCGCUCUUCAAGCGCUAUCGCUUUGAGUUCAAGUCACAGGCUCUGUGGGAGGAGAUCAAAUUUGUGCUGGAUCGCAUGGCUAAGCCGCUGACCGAUUUGCUCCAGGCCACCAUGCAGCUGACCAAGGUGCACGAGAACAAUGCCGAGGCUCUGAAGGUCAUCUACGGCUCCCUGGUGCUGGUGAACAAGGUGUUCUUCUCGCUGAACUCGCAGGAUUUGCCAGAGUUCUUCGAGGACAACAUGAACACUUGGAUGGGGGCGUUUAUCCAGCAGCUGGCCGCGGAUGUGCCAUCGCUGCGCACUGGCGAUGAUGAGGAUGCGGGAGUUCUGGAGCAUCUGCGCACACAGGUCUGCGAGAAUAUUUGCCUGUACGCCAAGAAGUACGACGAGGAGUUCAAGCCUUUUAUGGAGCAAUUCGUGACUGCAGUCUGGGAAUUGCUGGUCAAGACCAGCCUGCAAACCAAGUACGAUGCGUUGGUUUCCCAUGCCCUGCAAUUCCUCUCCGUGGUGGCUGAGCGUCAGCACUAUCAGAGCAUUUUCGAGAACCCAGAGAUUCUGGCACAAAUCUGCGAUAAAGUUGUUAUUCCCAAUCUGGACAUUCGGCCCUCAGAUGAGGAAAUUUUCGAGGACAGUCCAGAGGAGUAUAUUCGCCGGGACAUCGAAGGCUCUGACAUUGAUACCCGACGUCGGGCGGCCUGCGAUCUGGUGAAGACUCUAUCCAUUAACUUUGAGCAAAAGAUCUUUGGCAUUUUUGGCCAGUAUCUGGAGAUAUUGCUGACCAAGUACAAAGAGAAUCCGGCCGCCAAUUGGAGGUCCAAGGAUACGGCCAUUUAUCUGGUCACUUCAUGGGCGUCUCGAGGUGGAACUCAAAAGCAUGGCAUCACACAGACCUCGGAGUUGGUUCCUCUGCCGGAAUUUUGUGCUCAGCAAAUUAUUCCGGAACUGGAGAGACCCAACAUCAACGAAAUACCCGUUCUUAAGGCAGCUGCCAUUAAGUACGUAAUGGUAUUCCGCAGCAUUUUGGGUCCCCAGGUUCUGGCCAACUGUCUGCCGCAGCUCAUCAGACAUCUUCCCGCCGAAAGCCCAGUGGUGCACAGCUAUGCUGCCUGUUCCGUGGAGAAGAUCCUCACCAUGCGAGAUGCUAGCAAUGCGGUUGUGUUUGGUCCUCAAGUGCUUGGACCUCAUGCAACGCAACUCAUUAGCGGAUUGUUUGCUACCCUCUCGCUGCCAGGAUCAGGCGAGAAUGAGUAUGUUAUGAAAGCUAUUAUGCGAAGUUUUGCUGUUUUGCAAUCGGCUUCAAUGCCCUUUAUGGGCGUGGCUCUUCCCCGGCUCACCGAGAUUCUCACUCAGGUGGCCAAGAAUCCUUCGCGUCCGCACUUUAAUCACUAUCUCUUCGAAACGCUGGCACUGUCUAUCAAAAUUGUCUGCCAGGCGGAUGCCUCUGCUGUGAGCUCCUUUGAGGAGGCUUUGUUCCCUGUUUUCCAAGGCAUCUUGCAGCAGGAUAUUGUCGAAUUUAUGCCCUACGUCUUCCAGAUGCUUUCUGUGCUGCUGGAAGUGCGCGAGGGCUCUGGUUCCAUACCAGAACCAUAUUGGGCUCUGUUCCCUUGCCUGUUGUCUCCAGCUCUUUGGGACCGGACGGGCAAUGUUACACCCUUGAUCCGUCUUAUCUCGGCUUUCAUCAAGCAGGGCUCAGCUCAGAUUCAAGCCUUGGGUAAAUUGAGUGGAAUCCUCGGAAUUUUCCAGAAAAUGAUUGCCUCCAAGGCCAACGAUCAUGAAGGCUUCUACCUGCUGCAGAACCUCCUUUCCUACUACCCAGCCGCGGAAAUCCAGCCAAAUCUUCGCCAGGUCUUUGGCCUGCUCUUCCAGCGACUGUCUCUCUCGAAGACGCCCAAGUAUAUAAGCGGCAUCAUCGUCUUCUUCAGCUUCUAUGUGAUCAAGUACAGCGGCGGUCAGCUGGCCCAGUUGAUAGAUGAGAUACAGCCCGGCAUGUUUGGCAUGCUGCUGGAUCGCGUGUUCAUCACCGAAAUGGGAAAGGUUCUCAAGGAACAGGAACGCAAAAUGGUGGCUGUGGGUGCCACGAAACUGCUCACCGAGACGCCGGAAAUGUUGCAGCCGCAGUAUGGGGCCUUUUGGCCACGCCUGCUGCAUUCCCUAAUCGAUCUUUUCGAGCGGCCACCAGAGAAGUUAAAGGGUCUCGAAAUCGGAGAGUCGGCAGGAGUUGCCGAGGAUCCCGAAGCUGGCUAUCAAGUGGCCUUUGCCCAACUCACUCAUGCUCAGCCCAACCAGCAGGAUCAGCUGGCCGAGAUCACAGAUGCCCGCCAGUUUCUGGCCACCUCGCUCUCCAAGUUCGCGCAGUCGCGGGCAGGAGAAUUGCCAGCUCUGCUGUCUCCCCUGGAACCCGAGUACAAGCAAGUGCUGCAGAAAUAUUGUGAUCAGGCUGGUGUACGCAUUGCCUAAAGGAAUCGAAUCGAAUGACUGGGGCUCAUUUAUCGCAAUCAAACCUCGCCAUACAUUCGCAACUCUUAUCUAUAUAGACGCACUUGAUCACUCAUUGCCCGGUUUAUUGUCAUUGAAAUAUUGUAUCUAUUGUAUGUAAAUGUAAGUUUUGUAAACAAUAAAUAGUUAUGUUUUUAAAA